CUAGUGUUUUUCUGCGAACCCGAAAACUGUUGUCGAAGUGAGAUUGUUAUUUUUUUUCUUCUCACUCACGAAGUUUUAGUUCGUUAUAAUUGGACAGUAUUAAGAAUACAUUUUUUGGAUCAGCUGCUAGCAGGGAAGCUGUGGUGCAGCGAUGGGUCAGAUACUUAACCUCCUCAAAUCAGAUGAAAAGAAAUCAGAACAGAAAAAUCACAAUUUCUACCGCUCGGAAAGGAGACAACACUACGAGCAUCACCCUUCCUUUAGUCCUUACGACAGUACAUCACACAGGUCGUUGCUGCGGCAGGAUUCAGAUUGGUUAAAAUAUAAUGAUGGAAAUAAUGCUGUAUCACGGUAUGGCGUCUCAAAUCACAGCAGUAAUUAUGGAAAUGUCCGUAAUUCUAUUCGCAGUCCAGCACACCGUGCCUUUGGUGAAAAUGUGACAAGUGAGCACAGAAGAUCUAUACGAGCUAACACAGUUCUUACGAGACCAGCUGUACCAAGACUCAAUACAAAUGAUUUGCAACAUUCUCAGUAUGGACACAGAUCAACUGGUCAACACGCUCGUGGUAGCAUCUAUUUAAAGAGAAAAAAGAUAACUCUUUACCAUUACACUACGAAUGAAAAUGCAAACACAAUAUGCAGAGAGAAACUGGUUCGAAGUUCAUCGAUGAGCACACCGUGGAAAUACAGACAACAUGGCUGCGGUGUGUAUUUUACUUCACUAGGACCAUCCUGCAACCCAAAGUAUUUAGCUUUGAACAACUUUACAAACGGAGGCAUCCAUGUAACCAACGGCCUGUACAAGAAAAUCCGGUCUGUUGUGGAAAUAACGUUUUAUGAGGACGAAGUAGAAAAGAUCAAAGCAAGACACAGAGACAUCUAUUUGUAUAGAGGAAGCAUCGAUCUUAGGAACUACGAAGGACGAUAUCACAUCUAUAGGAACACAAAUUAUUUCUGAUGUGAUUUUUGCCAAGUGAUAUUUCUUAAAUGAUUUUUUGAACGCACAGAAGUUGGACAUUUCCGAUAGCAAAUGCACUUCUCUUCCUCAGUCUGUUCCUUUUCUCCAGGUACUCUGGUUUUCACCCCCACAGUCAAACCGGAACCGGAAUGGCACAGCAGUGAUAGACCAGCAUUUUCAGGGAUUUAAAAUUUGAGGAAAUGGGAUCUUGAAAUUUCGAGAAAAGGGAAUUUAUGAAAGGCUUUCGAAAACAUCUUGUAUGUUCAAAUCUUGAAAUUAAGUGAGAAUGAAAAUUUUUACCCUUUUUCAUGCCGGUAAGGAAAACACGACUGUGCGGGCUGUCUUCCUGGCACCAUCAAGCUUCAGGCUACCCAAGGCUACCAUGUUCAAAUGAAGCUGUAAUAUAAGGGUAUAGUUAGUAGCCUGAUUUUAACCAGGGACUGUGUUCUUUUCCUUAAAUUAACCAGACAUGAUGCGGUGUUACGUUUUAUUUAGAUUCAACCGAAGUUGCAUAUUUUGAAUAAAUGAGCCAGACUAUCUUCUACUAUUUCUGGUAGUUUCACAAGCAAUAUUAUGACAGUGUCUCUUAAACGUCACAUACGUUUCUGUCAUUACACUAUUAAAAAUCAUUUAUAUGAAUAUUGUAUUAUUACAAAAAUACUAUGUGUCGUCUCGCCGUGAUUCCACAGACUCGAGUUUUUUCCCUCUCUUCACUAUUGUUGUUUUUUGUUGUUGUUUAGUCUAAAGUUGCAUGGUUAAUACAAGUUCAAUGGAAAUUAAAAUAUUCGACA